UCAAAAUGUAGUCCUUUCAGUCCGAUUUGAUUUAACAAGUAUUCCGCCAGGCGGGAGUCUGGUAGAGACUGGUAGAGACUAGCUAGGUCACAUGGUGCCCCUAGGCGUGGUGAUAUAUCCCAGAAGUCCCCGGGACAAUCCAAGAUGGCUGCGCCCUGUAGAAGAAGCGCGUCUCUGUUUACAUUUUCCGCACUUCGCUUUCAUACCUGUCCCUCGCUGGUUCGCCCUUUCAAAACACUGCCUUCGAUAUCAGAACGACUCACAAUCAUUUCUAGUGUGACUAAAACAGAGAUAGUGGGAAAACACCGGAAGGUUAGGCACAAAAGGGUGUCCGAAGGAACCCCCUCCCACCGUCGGUGUUUCUCGUCUGCUAUCCCCGACAGCGGCGGUGUCAACACCCGACCAAAGCCAAAGGGAAUUGUGUACAGAUCUACCUCAACAGAUCCAUUUGUAAAUCUGGCUUUUGAAGACUGGUUAUAUGAGAACCAAGACUUCACAAACACAGAUAUUCUGCUACUCUGGAGAAAUGAACCUACAGUUGUGAUUGGUCGCCAUCAGAACCCGUGGUCUGAGUGUAAAGUGAAGAGACUGCAGGAGCUGGGGAUCCACCUGGCCAGGAGGAGGAGUGGAGGGGGAACAGUCUACCAUGACUUGGGAAACCUGAAUGUGACCUUCCUGACCUCCAGAGAUACCUACAGAAGGAAGCAGAACCUACAUGACCUGGUGACAGCACUAAAGGGGAGGUGGCCUAGUCUGGACCUGUCUGUCAACAAGAGGGAUGACUUAGUACUCAAUGAUACAUACAAGCUGUCAGGAACUGCUGCAAAGCUGGGCCGUAAGACGGCCUACCAUCACUGUACCUUACUGUGUGAUGUCAAUACACAGGCUCUGAAGGACGUCCUCGUGUCUGGAUUUGAUGGCUUGGAGACCACAGCCACUGCAAGUAUACGCUCAGAGGUCAUAAACCUAAAAGACGUGGACACUUCCAUAGACACUAAGGUUUUAGGGGACACCAUAGCAGAAUAUUUCAUGACAAAUCAUCAAGGGCAGAUGGAACAGGUAUGUGAUGUGGACCCCACCAGUGAGGCCUUAUACCCAGGUGUUGGCAAAAUUGCAGAAGAGCUGAAGUCUUGGGAGUGGGUUUAUGGGAAAACACCUCCUUUCAACAUCUGUUUGAGAAAACCUGUCAAUGGAUUAGCUGUGCCCCUAGGUGUGUACAUGAAGGUAAAAAAGGGAGUCAUAGUAGACUCUUACAUGGAGUGUCCCUUACUGUGGGUGUCAGAGGGAGUCAUCCAGGAUAUAGGGUAUUCCAUGAGAGGAAGAAGAUUCCGUGCAGUGGACGUUCAGGCAGGGCUGGAGAAGUCUUUACAAUCUUACAGGAGAAUGUCAGAUGACGAGCGACAGUUUGCUGAGAGACUCGGUCAAUUUAUUGUUGACAAACUUGUAUAACGAUGAAAAAUAUCUGUGCUCAAUUUUUGUAAACUUGUAGAUGAUGGACUGUGACAUGCUGAAAAAUUAAAGGCAAGAAAUUCAACACAA